AUGUCGACACCUCGCGUCUUCAUCAUCCGUCACGGUGAGACUGAAUGGUCCCUCAACGGCCGUCAUACCGGAUCCUCGGACAUUCCUCUCACUUCCAAUGGCGAGAAGCGACUCCUCAACCUGGGCAUCAACCCGGCCGAGCUUCCCUGGUCACCUCACGGGGAGCUUCCCAUCCCCCGCAGCGAGUUUCUGGGCUGCGGGUGCAAGAUCGAAAUCACAGAAGACGUUCGCGAGUGGGACUACGGAGACUACGAGGGUAUCACGAGCCCCGAGAUCCGCAAGAUUCGCGCAGACCAAGGAUACAAGGGUACCUGGGAUAUCUGGAAAGAUGGAUGUCCAGGAGGAGAAUCCCCCCAAGAUGUCACAGACCGUCUAGACAGGCUGAUCAACGACAUUCGCCAAAAGUACCAGGCCCCCGUCAUCGACAAUCACAAGACUGAAGACGGCACCAACGGAGACGUCCUCAUCGUCGCCCACGGGCACAUCCUCCGUGCCCUGGCCACGAGGUGGGUCGGCAAGACGCUGCAGGAUGGACCGGCCUUCUUGCUCGAGGCGGGCGGUGUUGGGACACUGAGUUACGAGCACCACAAGAUUGAUGAACCAGCCAUUCUCCUCGGUGGUUCAUUCGUCGUAGACUCGGACAAGCCGUAA